AGACCAGUUCGGAGGUUCACCGGAAGUGGACGGGGCUAGCCGGAAGUGAGCGCAAAGCUGCAGCGCGGAGAUGAAGCCGGCAGUGGAUGAGAUGUUUCCCGAGGGCGCGGGGCCCUACGUAGACCUGGACGAGGCUGGAGGGAGCACUGGGCUCUUGAUGGACUUGGCAGCCAAUGAAAAGGCAGUUCAUGCAGACUUUUUUAAUGAUUUUGAAGAUCUCUUUGAUGAUGAUGAUGUGCAGUGAGGCCGUCCAGUUGUAUAUGCUCCACAUUUGUGACGUGUCUUGAAUUCCUCAGGACAGGAUCAGAUGGUUGAGGAGACCUUGCAGAGAUCACUAGAAGUCAGGACCUGGUCAGUCACAGGAGGGGGACUGUCUGAACCAACUGGGUGCUGCGGUUUCUGAGAAUACUAGCCCCUUGUCCUUGUUUAAAUUAAAAACAGCACCAUAACAUGCAGGAUAGCUUUAAUUCCUGUGCUCUUGGAUGAAUAUUGUAAUCCUCCCUCCCCUUGUGCAAACACAGGAAUAAAUCGCAUCUAUUCCCGUAGCAAACACAA